GAAACGAGUCUUCAUUUGGCGGCGUAUCAUAAAAACAAAAAUAUUAUUGAAUUACUCGUCAAAUGCGGGGUCGAUGUCAACGCACAGGUAGUCAACCUUUCGUACGCUCUAUUGUGUGUAUUAGCGGUGAAUGGGUUUUGUGGUGGGUUUCAGGAGGGCAAGAGUGGUAAGAGUGUACUGCACUGGUCGGUCGAAACCCAAAACUUGGAUUUAAUACAGUUUUUGGUGAAGACAUGCAAAGCCGCUGUGAAUGUGCGCUCAUAUGCCGGCCAUACGCCACUCCAUUACGCGUGGAUACUUUUUCAGUGGAAAGGCAUGUUUUUGCAGCUCAAUAGCGUAAUCGUCUCAAUAGUCGUGCAUUUGAUGCACACAGAUAUGAACUGUGGUAUCGCGAAGGGACAUUUGGCUCACAGUAACCAAUCAGUGGACGAACUGGUGCUGCAAAGGGUGGGCCAUUCACCCCUUCAGGGGGUCUACAAUACAUAUAACAUUGAGAAAAUCUCGGCAAAUAUCAAAUUG